GGACGGCGGGAGCUGCAGUUGUGGGCUGGCGACCUCGGAGCCGCGCACCGCAUGGCGGGGGUCGCAGGGGCCCACCGCGCGCGGACGUUCGGACGCUCGGACAAACAUGGUCUAUACUUCCGAGAGGGGAGCGGGGUCACUCCUGCGUGCGGCCCCAGCGGUGAAUCGGGAGAUCCCACCCCGCGGGGAAGAAGGCAGGGAUGGUCAGGCCGCGCUGUCUCUUUAAGACUGUGUUCCUGCUAACAUCGACGGGCUCCUGGAGAGAGCCGUGAGACUAGGCAAGGCCAAGUUCCAAAGGGAGGAGAGGAGAGCCGCCCACCUGGCUUCAGCGUCCACACCGCAGAUGCAGAGGCCUCCAUGGCUGUGAUAAGCCUGCUGUUCUUGGCAGUAAUGUAUGUUGUUCACCACCCCUUGAUGGUCAGUGACCGGAUGGACCUGGACACACUAGCCAGAAGUCGGCAGCUGGAGAAGCGAAUGAGCGAGGAGAUGCGCCAGUUAGAGAGAGAGUUUGAAGAGAGAAAGCGAGCAGCUGAACAGAGGCAGAAGGCAGAGAACUUCUGGAGAGGAGACACAUCUGAUGACGAGUUAGUGCUGGGGAAGAAGGACAUGGGGUGGCCAUUUCAGACCGACAGCCAGGAGGGGCCUCUGGGCUGGAUACUGGGAAACCUGUGGCACGCUGGCCUCAUUUGCGUUUUUCUCAUCUUUGAGCUCCUACGACAGAACUUGCAGCAUGAGCCAGCCUUUGAUUCCAGCAGUGAGGAGGAGGAGGAAGUCCGUGUUGUGCCCAUCACCUCUUACAACUGGCUCACUGACUUCCCCACCUGGGAGGCUCUGGACUCCUUUUACAAACAUUAUGUCCAAAAUGCCAUCCGUGACCUGCCCAGCACCUGUGAGUUCGUGGAGAGCUUUGUGGAUGAUCUCAUUGAGGCCUGUCGGGUGCUCAGCCGCCGGGAGGCUCACCCACAGUUGGAGGACUGCUUGGGCAUCGGGGCUGCCUUUGAGAAAUGGGGAACCCUCCACGAGACUCAGAAAUUUGAUAUCCUGGUGCCCAUUGUCCCUCCUCAGGGCACUAUGUUUGUCCUGGAGAUGAGGGAUGUGGCCCUAGGCCGCCGCUGUGGCCAUGUGCUGGUGGAAUCAGAAUGUAUGUGCAAGCGCGAGAAACUCCUAGGGGAUGUACUAUGCCUGGUGCACCACCACAGGGACCAGUUGGUGGUCUCAGGGAAGUGUGGCAGCUCCAUCAAGGCAGCUCUCUGCACCGGCCUCCACCUGGAUGUGUGCAAGACCAUUCAGUGGUUCCGGACAAUGGUGGGCAAUGCCUGGGCCCUGGUGGCCCACAAAUAUGACUUUAAACUCAGUCUCCCACCUUCUACCACCUCCUGCAAGCUCAGGCUGGACUAUCGCUCAGGCCGCUUUCUUUCAAUCCACUUGGUCCUGGGGGUGCAACGGGAAGAUACCUUGGUCUACCUCUUGAGUCAGGCUCCUGACCAGGAACAGCUCACCAGUGUAGACUGGCCUGAGUCCUUUGCAGCCUGUGAACACUUGUUCCUGAAGAUGGUAGGGCGUUUUGCCCCUGAGAACACCUGUCACCUCAAGUGCUUCCAGAUCAUUUUAAGUCUCCGGGACCAUCAGAGCUUACCCCACGGAGCGUCCCGCCCCAUCCUCACCUCUUACCACUUCAAAACAGCCCUCAUGCACCUGUUGCUACGGCUGCCCCUAACAGACUGGCAGCACAACAUGCUCUCUCAGCGGCUCCAGGACAUUCUCUGGUUCUUGGGCCGUGGCCUCCAGCAAAGGACCCUCCAUCAUUUCUUCAUUGGUAACACUGUCCUGCCCCUGACCAUCCCAAUCCCUAAGGCAUUUCGGAAUGCUGAGCCUGUCAAUCUCUUCCAACACCUGGUGCUAAACCCCAUGGCACAUUCACAGGCAGUGGAAGAGUUUCAUAACCUUCUGACCCAGGUAAAAACUCUGCCCUGUGCCCCACUGGCUGCGGCACCUUAAUGUAAAAGCCAUUAAAAAAAAAAAAAACGGGAGCAGGUAUUUCUGAUUCCUCAGGCU